AUGAGUGACAUUAACAUUAACUUCGAUAUUCCUCCUCCUGUACCUCCGAAAGAUGAUUUUCGUCCUUUAACACCUCCCAAAGAUUUCCCUAGAAUAAAUUUUUUGGGUUCCGCAAGUGUUGGACCUUCUACAUCUCAAGCAAUAAAUUUUGAGGACUUAACUGGGGAACCUUCCACUAUUACCAUUACUACUAAUAUUAAAAACUCGAAUACUUUUCCAGUUCCAAAGUUAAAAUCUAAAAAGAGUAAUUUUGGUUCAUUAAUUCAAAGAUUAAAUCGAAAUUCGAAACCUCCAAGAAUUGAUCGGUCACUUUCUAAAAAUAGCAAAAAAGGUUUAAAGAAAGUAGAUUUAAAACAGAAACAAAAGGAAGUAUUAUUAACUGAAGAUGAUCUUAUGACAUCUACUAGUACAUUAUAUCAAGAAGGAUCUUCAACGGCUCAUUCAACAUUCACAAAAACUUCUGAUUGUCAAGUAAAUGUGGAUACAUUUAGAACAGAUAUUGAUGAUAUUGGCCCAUUAAGAAAUUCAAUUGCUAAAUCAGCAAAUUCUUCGGAACGUGCUGAUGAUGACACUAUUAAAGGGAUUAAUCGUCAUAGUCAUGUCUUUGAAGUUUUUAGUUCUAAAAGUUCAGGAUCAAACUCCACUCGAGAAAGUGAUCAUAACCAAAAAUCUAUUUCUUCGAAUAUUCCUCCUCCUAUUACUACUAUUACUACUCAAAAUAUUUCCAAUAUUCAAAAUACUGAAUUAAUAAGAAAUAAUUAUGGUCCAAUUCAAAUAAAAGAUUCAAUAUUAAAUAAAAAAGAUAUUGAAAAUCAAGUUGAAAAGAAGGAAUUAGAUGAAGAUAGUGGGGAUGUUUCAACUACUCAAUCACAAGCACCGGAAUCAAGUGUUUAUACAACUUCAGAUUUUGAUUCUAAUUCUAAACCUCCAUUAAGUAAUAAUCGAUUAUCAUCUAUUCCAAAUCAUUUCUUUGAUGGACUUCAUAAUAUUAAAACAUUAUAUCUUGAUCGAAAUUCAUUAAGGGAUAUACCAGAAGAAUUAUUAAAAUUAACUAAAUUAGAAAUAUUAGAUUUAAGUAAUAAUUGUAUUUCGGAAUUUAAUUCAAGGAUAAAAAUUCGAAGAAUGAAAAAUUUAAGAAGAAUUAAUUUAGAUAAUAAUGUUAUCUCUGAUAUAUCAAAUAUUUCAAAAUUAAAAACACUUAGAGAAUUAAGAGUAAAUAAUAAUUUAUUAAGUACACUUACUUCCGAUAUAUCAAAAUUAAUUAAAUUAAGAUUAUUAUAUUUAGAUAAUAAUCAACUUACCAAUUUACCGGAUACUAUUGGAAGAUUAAAAUCAUUAUGUGUAUUAAGAUUAAAUAAUAAUAAUAUUGAAAUUUUACCAACAUCAAUAUGUUCAUUACAUCAAUUACAAGUAUUAGAAUUAAGAUCUAAUUUAUUAACUCAAUUACCUGAAAAUAUUAAAGAAUUGGAAAAUUUGGCCAAAUUAGAUGUUUCUAAUAAUAAACUUUUAACUCUACCAAAUGAUAUAGUGAAAUGUACAAGAUUAACUAAUUUAAAUGUAUCAAAUAAUUUACUUGAAACAAUUCCAACAAAAUUUGGUCAACUUUCAAGAUUGAAUACACUUAAUUUAAGAGAGAAUAAAAUUAAUAAUUUACCAGCUGAUUUAGGAAAAUUAACGAAUUUAAUAGAAUUAGAUUUAUCAUUUAAUGAAUUAAUAGUUUUACCUGAUGAACUUGGAAAAUUAAUUAAACUUAUGGAAAUUAAACUUAAUAAUAAUCCUUCAUUACUUGCAAUCCCUUCAACAUUUAUGAAAUUAACUCAAAUUCGAAAAGUUCAUUUACAACAUUGUAAUCUUAGUCAAAUACCAUUCGAAAUGGGAAAUGCAUAUUCACAACUUAAAUAUGUAAAUUUAUCAUAUAAUUUAUUUGAUACAAUGCCAAGUUUAAAUGGAAUGGAUAAAGUAAUAAUAUUUGAUAUAUCAAAUAAUCGAAUUGAUGAUUUAACUAUAGAAAUAAAACAAUUUGAAAUAAUAAGAGAAUUUUAUGUAGUUAAUAAUAAACUUCAAUAUAUUCCUAAAUCAAUUGGUAAACUUAAAAGAUUAGAAAUAUUGGAUUUAUCAGAAAAUAUGAUAAUAGAAUUACCAUUAUCAAUUGGUGAUUGUCAAAGUUUAAGAGAACUUAAAUUAAGAGGGAAUUCAAUUGAAACAUUACCAAUAACAUUAGGAAAAUUAAAAGAUCUUAAUGUAUUUUAUAUUGGUAAAUGGCCAAUGAUCGAUUUUAAUAUAAUUCAAGAUAAUCGAGAUAAUAAUCGUUAUGAUAAUUUAAAAAUUAAUCCAUAUGAACAUAAAAUUCCGGCACAUGUGGAACGUACAUUAUUAUGGAGAAUGCAUGAUUCAAUAUUAAAGAGGUUAAGAGAUAUUGAUAAUAUUGAUAAUAAUUUUGAUUUUAAUUCUGAAAAAUCAAGAAGUCCAUCAAAUGAAAGUAAUAAUUCACAACAAGAUAUAAAUUCUAUUAAUAUUAAUAAUUGUUUACCGACAGAAACAAUAAAUUUAAAUUCAUCAACAACAACAAUAAAUAAUUUAAAUAAUUUAAAUAAUUUAAAUAAUGGUGGUGGUGGAGGAAAUAAUUAUAAUAAUGUUUACAGCGGCAAUAAUAAUAAUGGUUCUAGUAGUAAUCAACAAAUUACUCCACCAAUACCAAGAGACGAUAUAAUAUUAAAGAUGACAGUAAUAAAAGGUGUUUAUGAUCAAAUUAUGAAAGAUAUGAGAAAUAAUGAUUAUGAUAAAGAAUCGAGUGGUGAUGACAAUAUGGAAUUUCCUGAUAAUGGAAAAAAGAAAAAAUUUGCUAAAUUAAAUAAAUUCCUAAAAAUUGGAGAUAAGCAAUAA